AUGGGUAUUAUGAAAAGGAUAUUAUUACAAAUUGUCAUAGUGUUUUUGCUUUGCUGUUAUGUGAAAGUAUCUUGUGAAGGGGUUACUAGUACAAAAAACAUUUUAAAUGUUGGAGGAAAGGAAAAUAAGAAUGUAGAACAUCGUUCAAAUUUUAAGGGUGAAGUUUUGAAAAAUGAUGAACAGGGAGUAGAAAAAAGGGAUACCCCCGAAAGUAAAGAAGUGAAAAAAGAAGAGGUACAGGGGAAUGAAAAAAAAAUAGAGGAAACGGAUAAUUCUAGGGAAUAUAGCAAUAAAGUAAGCAUGGGGGGAAACGUAGGAAGUGAAAGUAGUAGUAGUAGUGCAAGUGGAAGUAGUAGUAGUGGAAUCGGAAGUAGUAGUAGUGGAAUCGGCAGUAGUAGUAGUGGAAUCGGAAGUAGUAGUAGUGGAAUCGGCAGUAGUAGUAGUGGUAGUAGUCUUCCCCACACAUCCUUUUUAGAAAAUAAUACGGAAAAAUCAUCAAAUAACAAAGAAAAUGCAAACAAUAAAGGGGAUGGAGGCGAUAAUAAGGCAACGAAUGGUUCUUCCCGUGAAAAUGUAGCAGCAUCGGUGGGAUCAAAGGACGUGGAACAUUCUGUAGUUAAAGAUAUAACACCGAAAAAGGAAGAAAUAAAAGAAGAAACAAAAAAAAAGGCAGAUAACCCAAGUGGACAAAGUAGUGAAAAUAUGUCACAGAGUAAUGGCGUCGUAGGCAAUAAUAGCAGCAGUGGAAACAGCGGAGUUGGCAUAAGUAAUGACAACAGUAAUAACAGCAAUAGUAACAACAAUAGUAACAGCAAUAGUAACAGCAAUAGUAACAGCAAUAGUAACAGCAAUAGUAACAGCAAUAGUAACAGCAAUAGUAACAGCAAUAGCAACAACAACAGCAGCAACAACAACAGCAGCAACAGCAGCAACAACAGCAGCAACAACAGCAGCAACAGCAGCAGUGGAGGCGGAGCGCCGAAUGAAUACAUCGAUUUGACGAGUAAAAAAAUAUACGACGAAAUGAACAACAAGAACGAGGAGCAGAAGAGCUCAGGAUUAAAUUUUUUGAAAAUAUUAUCAAUAGCGUCAUCUAUAUUUAUGCAGCUUAUAUUAUUUCCAUCCAUAUAUAAGAUAAUAAAAAAAAGAACAACAGAUGAAUUGGACGGAUUGCCAUAUGUGGUUUUAUUAUUUUCUUCCUUUUUAUGGUUAGUAUAUGGAAUGUUAUUGAAUAAUUCGGCAAUAGUUUUUCCUAAUUUAGUUGGACUAAUAUUAGGUAUAUUUUAUUCUGUUAUAUAUCAUAAGAAUUGUAAAAAUAUGUGGUUAAAGCAGAAAUUAUAUUCAUACUAUAAGACGUGCGGGUUUAUAUGUUUUUUAUUGUAUGCAUUUUUAUAUGUAUUAACAUUUGAACAGUAUGAAAUAUUUGUUGGUUUCAUAGCUUUUGUUUCAAGUAUUAUUAAUUUUGGAGCACCUUUAUCAUAUAUACAAAUUGUUAUAAAAAAAAAAAAUUCAUCAUUAAUUCCAGUGGAAAUAGCUAUAGGCAGUUUAGUUUGCUCCUUUUUAUGGCUAACGUAUGGUUUUACAUUAAAAGAUGGGUUUUUGAUUAUACCAAAUUUAUGUGGUUUUAUAUUAAGUUUAUUGCAAGUCCUUUUAAUUUUAUUAUAUUCAAAUAAGGAUACGUUAAGUUACAAUGAUACGGAAAUUGCAUAUAAUGAAAGGAAUAAUAAAUAUAUGAUUCCUGAAAAUAAUUUAUUUUUUAAUGAAUUCCAUAUAGAAACUGCAAAUAAAAUAAGUGAAGUUUCAACAAGUGUUAAUAAUUCUCUUUUUGAUUUUUCUUAUGAUGAAACGUCUCCCCUAACUGGAAGUAAUAGAAAUGCCAACAAUAUUGGUGUUAAUAAUAUAAAUAAUAAAAAUAACAUGAAUAAUGUAAGUAAUAUAAAUAAUAUAAAUAAUAUAAAUAAUAUGAAUAAUAUAAAUAAUAUGAAUAAUAUAAAUAAUAUGAAUAAUAUAAAUAAUAUAAAUAAUAAUAUUAAUAAUAAUAGUAAUAAUUCGAGGUAUUUUAACCAUUCAAAUGCUCAAAGACAAAAAUACCUGACCCUUUCAGAAAAUUCGGACCAAAACGAUAUACUGACCUUCUAA